CCCACUUUCACUGCCAGGCAUCCGGUGCCCGAGUUGAUUCAGCCAACACUCAACAACACCCGAAACACUCCAAAGCACCCCGAGGCACGAACAGUAUCAUGGCUUCGCAAGAGGUCCCCAAGACCUGCAGGGUCAUCCUCGCCGACACAAUAGCCAAGAAGCUGCUGGCCGAGGUUAAAGAAACUCUGGCUGGCUUCCAGGGUACUGCCGUUAGCAAGCCCACCCUGGCAGCCUUCCUGGCCAACGACGACCCGUCGGCCCAGCAGUACGCCGACUGGUCCAAGAAGACAUGUGAGGAGAACGGUUUUAACUUCGACCUCCGCAAGGUCGAUAAGGAAGCCCUUGAAGAGGCCGUGGUAGAAGCCAAUAACGAUAAUGCCGUCGAUGGCAUGUUGGUAUAUUACCCCAUUUGGCGCAACAACCAGCAACAGGAUCGCUAUAUUCAGGAGACGGUCGCUCUGUCCAAGGACGUCGAGGGGUUGUGCCACACUCACCUCUUCAACAUGUACCACAACACGCGCUUCCUCGACCCGCCCACAAACCAAAAGAAGUCGAUCCUGCCGUGCACACCGCUGGCCAUUGUGAAGACGCUCGAGCACCUGCAAAUCUACAACCCGAUCCUGGCCUACGGCAACCGUCUCUUCGGUAAAACCAUCACUGUCAUCAACCGCAGCGAGGUCAACGGCCGCCCCCUGGCCGCCCUACUCGCCAACGACGGCGCCACCGUCUACAGCGUCGACAUUACCGGUGUGCAGGUCUUCACCCGUGGCAGUGGCAUCCGCGCUCCACGCCAUCAAGUCCACGACAAGGAGGGUUGGGCCCUGGAAAACGUGCUGCCGCUUAGUGACGUCGUUAUCUCCGGCGUUCCCAGCGAGGCCUUCAAGGUACCUACCGAACUGAUUCGAGACGGCGCUGUGUGUAUCAACUUCUCGAGCUACCGCAACUUUGACGGCCCAGCCAUCAAGGAGAAGGCAAGCAUCUACGUGCCGAGCACCGGCAAGGUGACCAUUGCCGUCCUGCUGCGGAAUCUAAUGCGUUUGGUUGCCAACCGACCCCAAUCUGGGGUCCCGACCGAUAUCCCUGAGUAAGCGGGGAGCGAGUACUUUGAGGAUGAUCGACGAUCUGGUCUG